AUGUCCUCAUCAGAUCCAUCCAUGUAUGGCGAAAAACCUUCGAGCCCCAACCGCUACUGGGGCUUGGGUCGUCUCUUCACCAGCCGCUCCGCCUCCAAUGAUGAAGAGCAUGACUCUGACAUCCCCCGCACUUCGAAAUGGAGCAUGGGCGUUCUCAAUGAUCCCAGCACUGUCGAGGUUCCAGGAUCCGUCCUGCUGCUUGCUGCCCAUCGCAACGAGCCUCUGGGCUUACGCAAUAUAAACGCUCGCAGCUCCCACUCUUCCAUUCCUGCUGGCUUCCCAGUUGAUAUGCCCACAACACCCGGCGGUACUCGCAUAGUGUCAGCCGCUCCUGAAAAUCCCACCAACAAGCCCUCCCCGGGUCCAGACCAGACGAAAAAGACCACCGAGGACGGUCAAGUCAUUCUGGAGCCCCAACCCGAGGAGUCCGUCAAUGACCCCCUCAACUGGCCAUCUUGGCGUCGCGAUACUGCUCUUCUCUCCCUCGGGUUCUACUGUAUGCUAGGCGGCGGUGUCACUCCUCUCAUCGCCGCCGGUUUCACCGACGUCGCUCACGACUACCACGUCGAAGUUGAAACUGUCGCUCUCACUACUGGCCUCUACAUGAUGGGCCUGGGUGUCGGUUCAGUCUUUGCAUCCCCGACCGCCAUCCUCUUCGGAAAACGUCCCGUCUACCUUGCUAGUGCCAUUCUCUUUAUCGGGACUUCGCUCUGGGCUGGAUGGUCUCCCUCCUUUUCCUCCCUCAUUGCAGCUCGCGUUUUUCAGGGCAUCGCAGUCAGUCCCGUCGAAUGCUUGCCUUCCGCCACCAUUGCCGAAAUAUUCUUUCUCCACGAGCGUGCCUUUCGUAUCGGAAUCUACACACUGCUGCUCCUCGGUGGUAAAAACUUGGUGCCCCUCGUCAGUGCCGCCAUAAUCGCUCGUUUUGGCUGGCGAUGGGUCUUUUGGAUCAUGGCCAUGAUUGUUGGACUUGCCGGUGUCCUCUUAUUCCUCUUUGUUCCCGAGACCUUCUGGGAUCGCACCCCAACGAGGAAGCCGUCCAAACGACCAAGUUUCUUUCGUCGUAUUUCUUCUCGCUACGGUCCACACAAGACACCCUUCCCCGCCCCUGGCGUUUCACAUGAGCGUCCUCAUUCUCCUGGUGCUCAAGACCGUCAUCACGACCUGCAUGUUGGCUUCGCGACUGAAGCCGAGGAGCAUGCGGCGAAUGCUCCAGUUGAUGGUGCGUCGCAUCUUCGCCCGAAGAACCUUCAUGUCGGCUUCUCUGAGGCGUCCAAUAUGGAAAAGGAGUUGGAAAGCAGCGGUCGGGUGGAAGCAGAACAAUCAAUUGAGCCCUCAAUCACGGCAUCAAAGCCCCAGCAAGCAGCUACCGGGUCUCAGUCUGCCACUGACGGGCUCACGGCAAACUCGCCGGCGCUCCAUACCUUGAGCCGUCCAAACGUGCACGAUUCGAGCCACUUGCAAACCCCAGAUGGUCGCAGUAGUAUCUACACUGCUUCCGGCGUUGACUAUUUUCAAAACGCCGCUGACAGAGAGACUAUUACAGCUGCCAGCCUUUCUUCUCCUCCCAAAAUCCGUCAAUAUACCCACAACCUACGCCAGCAGCCUGCUCAGUCCUUUGUCCAGCAGCUGAAACCAUACCACGGGCGGUUGAAUAGUGACAAGUGGCACAAGGUUCUUGUUCGACCUUUUGUACUCUUUGCUUACCCGGCCGUCCUAUGGUCCUCUGUUGUUUACGCAUGUUCUAUCGGUUGGCUCAUCGUCAUUUCCGAAACCAUGGCCAUCAUAUACCGCAAUCCAGACACAUACAACUUUACCGCUCUCCAGACAGGUCUGGUCUAUAUUUCCCCGUUUGUGGGAGGUAUCCUCGGAACUGGUGUCGCUGGAAAAAUCAGUGACAUCAUCGUCAAGGCCAUGGCACGCCGCAACGGCGGCCUCUAUGAGCCAGAAUUUCGGCUAGUCAUGGCCAUUCCCAUCCUCAUCACAACUUGCAUAGGCUUGAUGGGCUUCGGAUGGUCAGCGCAAAUUCAUGAUCACUGGAUUGUCCCGACUGUCUUUUUUGGCGUCGUCUCUUUUGGCUGCUCUCUAGGAUCUACUACGUCGAUUACUUUUUGCGUUGACAGCUAUCGUCAAUACGCUGGUGAGGCUCUUGUGACUCUCAACUUUUCCAAGAACGUCUUGCAUGGACUACUGUUUAGUCUUUUCUUUAGCCACUGGCUGGCUGAUGAUGGGCCAAAGAUGGUUUAUGUUUGGGUUGGGAUCAUACACCUGAUUCUCCUCCUCUCUACCAUUCCCCUCUUCAUUUAUGGCAAGCGACUACGCAUGUGGACGGUCCGCAAGAACCUAAUGGAGAAGUUUUGA